AUUUCUCCGUUUCAAGAUUUAGCAAAUGAGUUAACACAAAAAUUAUGUCAAAAAUAGAAAUAAUAAGCAAAAAUUCGUUUGUCACAGUUAUAAUAAUCCUGGCUGUACCCAUAAUCGUCAUUCUGCCUCUAGUACUUUUACUUGAAGCCGGAAAAAUUGGUGGUGAAGUUUCUGAAAACUGCUCCAAUCACUCAACCAGUUCGGCUAGCCCAAAACCGAAGCCUAUGUGCCUGACUCCAGAAUGUAUAACACUGGUUCAUCAAUUGCUCAACUUCCAAGACCCAUCCGUCGAUCCGUGCGAGAACUUCUAUCAGGCCGCAUGUGGGAAAUACAACGAGCACAACGUGAUAGAUGGCUCCAGAACUGCACAGAAGCAGCAAAUUGUCAAAAGAUUGAUUAGAGAUUUUCUACACAAAAACCAAAGUUCCACCUCAAAAUCUGAAAAUUCCAUGAAGCUACUCUACGAGAAGUGUAAGGAGGCAAAAACUAUCAAAGUUCUCGGAAAUCAAAAUCUACUACAAGAAAUUUUCAUGAACAUUCAAAAAAUUGGAUCCUGGCCUGUUUUAGAUGAGAAUUGGGAUGGGAAAAAGUUCAAUUUAAAUGAAAUGCUGCUCAGUCUAAUCCGGCUCGGUGUUUCGAAUUUCGGCUUCUUUGAAAUUAUAAUUUCAUCAGAUGCAUUUGUGGAAAUUAAACCUGCUCGGAACUUUCCAACACGCGAGAAUCUUAGUGAUAUAAUCUCAAAAGUCUUCCUAGGAAACGGAUUUCAGCCGAAUAUCACAGCCAUCGAAAAUGAUUUGAGGGAGUAUGAGAAUCUACAGCGUGAAUUGAAAUCGCUCGAGAGGCUCAUCCAAACCACACCAAACCGAUCACUGGUUAAUUACUUGAUUUUCAAUUAUUUGAAAUCUGUAAUGCUGGAAUACAAAAGAUUGCCGGAGGAGCAAUGCGAAGGGGUUGUCAUCGACUUCCUCCCAAGAGCCUCUACUCGUGUCUUUGUGCAAAACUUUUUGGAUAAAGAGAAUCGGAAAUAUGUCGCCGGAAUGAUUGAAGACGUGAAGAUGGGCUUCAUCGACAUGAUUCAGGAGUCUACGUGGCUCAACGAAGAAUCCAAGAAAGUUGCAGUUCAAAAAGUGAAAAAUAUCAAAUCAAUGAUUGGUUAUCCAGAUUUUUUCGAGCCACCUGGGACAUUGGAUAGGUCGUUUAAAGAUCUUAACAUAGAACAAACGGAUUCAUAUCACACGAUCGUCAGAAAAAUUCAAAAAUUCACUAAUGAGCAGUGUAUGGAGUUUGUCGCCUCGGAGAUCCCACUAGAUCCACGACAGCCAAUUUUGCACGCAAAUGCGUUUUAUCAGAACACCAACUUUUUGGCAAUUCUCGCUCCAGUCCUAGAUGAUCCAAUUUUCGACACAACUUUUCCACGCUACGUGAAUCUGGCUGUAAUCGGGAAUGUGUUGGCACACGAGAUCGGCCACGCGUUUGAUCACACCGGGAUAAACUAUGAUGAUGCUGGCCAACAACGGAUAUGGCUCACACCGGAAGAUUCAGAAGAGUAUGGAAAGAGGCUCCGAUGCUUGUUGAGGCAACACGACGAAUAUGAUGAUCCGGAUUUUGGGAGGAAUCUGAACGGAUCAAAAACCCUUCACGAAAUCUCGGCUGACAGAUUUGGAGUUGAAGCCGCCUGGAGAACAUUCAAAAAGUUGGACUUGUCAAACGAGUCUGAAAUUGUAGGAUUUCAGAACUUUAAUAUUGAUCAGCUCUAUUUCAGAACGGCAGCUCUGAUCUGGUGCCGACAGCGUGACACCACAGAUUUGCAGUACGCAUUACAACGAGAACACCCAACGAACAAUUUUCGUGUGAACGGGAUUUAUGCAAAUAUGCCGCAAUUUGCGGAGACAUUCAAUUGCCCGUUAGGAUCGCCUAUGAAUCCAAAGAAAAAAUGUGAUCUUUUCUGAUUAAUUUUACAAUAAAGUUACAAAUUUCAA